GAGAAGGGACAUGGCCGCCGCGCAGCUGUUGCGGGUGUCGGUACAUGAGCGGAUCAGCGCUGCCGCUGAAGACUUCCUGCUGCAGGUGGAGGAAGGAGGAGGAAAGGCUCGAGUCCCGGAGCUGAGAGCGAUGCUCACCGAGCGGCUCGCUGCGGCGGUGGAGGAGAUCCUCGCGGGGCUGGAGGAAGCCUUGGCAGAGUACGAGGAGCGAGUGGAGCGGUCCGAGCGGGAGUUCUGCCGCCAGAGGAGGCUGCUCGAGGCCGCGAUGCAGCCCGUAGUCCGGCUGCACAGAGCAGUGUGUUCUGCCGACAUCCAGCAACUGAUGGUGAAUAAAGAAGAGGUUCCCCCUGAGCAGCAGCAGUGGAGCCCCCUUGUGGACCAGGAGGACCCAGAGCUCCCCCACAUUAAAGAGGAACAGGAGGAACCAUGGACCACUCAGGAUGGACAGCAGUUUCAAGGACCGAUCGAGGCUGAUAUAAAGUUCAUAUUGACUCCUGACGCUGUGAAGAGUGAAGAAGAUGAAGAGAAACUUAAAUCGACAAAGCUUCAUCCGAGUGAGAGGAAGGAGAACAGAGCGGACUAUGGAGGACCAGAACCAGCCAGGAACUCAGGUCCUGAUGGACGUUUACACCCAGGUCCUGAGGACAAGACUGAAGACUCUUCUGAGACUGAAGUCAGUAAGGAUGAUUGGAUGGAGACCAGGGAAACUCAGACUGGUUUAAAUACAAGAAAUAACAAACAGCCUCUAAGGGGUAUGGGAUGUAAGACAGAAAAAAAAUCGUUUAGUUGCUCUGAGUGUGGUAAAACAUUUAGCCGGAGGGGCCAUCUAAAUACACACAUGAGGAUUCAUACAGGAGAUAACCCGUUCAGUUGCUCUGAGUGUGGUAAAAGAUUUAACCAAAGGGGCAGUCUAAAUAUACAUAUGAGGAUUCAUACAGGAGAGAACCCGUUCAGUUGCUCUGAGUGUGGUAAAAGAUGUGAUCAUAGGGGCGAUCUAAAUAGACAUAUGAGGAUUCAUACAGGAGAGAAACCGUUUAGUUGCUCUGAGUGUGGUAAAAGAUUUAACCGUAGGAGCCAUCUAAAUGGACAUAUGAUGAGUCAUACAGGAGAAAGAAGUUUAGUUGCUCUGAGUGUGGUAAAAGAUUUAGUGAAGGGGGAGUCUAAAUAAACAUAAGAGGAGUCAUACAGGAGAGAAACAGUUUAGUUGCUCUGAGUGUAGUAAAAGAUUUAAGCAUAGGUACCACCUAAAUUCACAUAUGAAGCUUCAUUCAGGAGAGAUACCGUUUAGUUGCUCUGAGUGGUAAAAGAUUUAGUGAAAGGGGAAAUCUAAAUAAACAUAUGAGGCGUCAUACAGGAGAAAAGCCGUUUAGUUGAUCUGAUUGUGGUAAAAGAUCAAAGAUUCAGUCCUAUUGUAUGAGACAUGAAGAUUUGUAAAGGAGAGAAGUGAUUCAGUUGCAACCUUUGCAACAAAAGUUUAAUUAGGAUUUAUCAGCAGAUAUUGAUAUUAUACAUAUUCAUAGUUCGCUGUUUUAAAUAGACCACAAAUAGUUUUUAUGUCCCUAGAAAAUAUAACUCA